AGGGGCAGAACAUGUCCCUGGGUCCUCAUUGUUAGCAUAAGCUGAGGUCUACUUAUUCAGUGCGGGCUGGGAUCUUGCCUUCAACUUUUCACUACAUCUUCUCACGUAUCACUGCCUCCAAGACAACUCACCUCCAUAGAAACAUCUUCUUUAUUUGAAGCAGCAACAAGAGAAAUACUGAAAAAUCUAAAGUAAAUGAAACAUUCCCUUAAGAGUCUCCUGGAAUUGACCUGCUUGAAUCUGUAGUGCCCACAGAUGGACCUGACCUUUAGGAACAGAAGCAUCCAGUGACUUGGCCCAUCCUGUAGAACCACCUGCUGCAUCCACUGCAGAUAUGAGGAUCCUCACUUUUCUGGUCGGACUGAAGACUUUAUGGGUUUUAGCAUUCUCCUCCUUGACCAAUACGAUGGCUGUAAAUAACAGCGGCAAGUGGUGGGGUAUAGUAAAUAUAGCUUCCAAUGGAAACGUGCUCCCAGGAUCAGAUGUAGGCCCAGUACCUCUCGUGUUAGAUCCAAGUCUUCAACUUUUAAGCAGAAGACAGAGACGUCUAAUCCGUCAAAACCCAGGCAUCCUACAGAGCAUUACACGUGGGCUUCUCAGUGCCAUUCGAGAAUGCAAGUGGCAAUUCAGAAAUCGUCGUUGGAACUGUCCUACUGGACCUGGAAAUCAGGUGUUUGGCAAAAUUAUCAACCGAGGCUGCAGGGAGACGGCCUUUGUGUUUGCCAUCACCAGCGCUGGUGUAACUCAUUCUGUGGCUCGUUCCUGUUCAGAGGGUUCUAUUGAAUCCUGCUCAUGUGAUUACCGGCGGCGAGGCCCUGGAGGACCAGAUUGGCACUGGGGAGGCUGCAGUGACAACAUUGAGUUUGGAAGGUUUAUAGGAAAAGAGUUUGUUGACUCCAGUGAAAGAGGGAGAGACCUGAAGUAUCUAGUGAACCUACACAAUAACCAAGCAGGCAGAAUGACUGUGAUGACAGAGAUGCGCCAAGAAUGCAAGUGUCAUGGAAUGUCAGGAUCCUGCUCUCUUCGUACCUGCUGGAUGCGUCUUCCUCCAUUUCGGGCAGUGGGGGAUGCCUUAAAAGAUCGAUUUGAUGGUGCCUCAAAAGUCACCUACAGUAACAAUGGCAGCAACCGUGGAAGUUCACGAAGUGACCUCCCACAUCUGGAACCUGAGAACCCUUCUCAUGCAAUGCCUUCUUCUAGAGAUUUGGUGUACUUUGAGAAGUCUCCAAACUUUUGCAGCCCAAGCGAAAAGGCUGGAACCCCAGGUACAACAGGGAGAAUAUGUAACAGCACCUCUUUGGGUCUCGAUGGUUGUGAACUUCUGUGCUGUGGCCGAGGUUACAGGAGUCGACCUGAAAAAGUCACUGAAAGGUGUCAUUGUUCCUUCCACUGGUGUUGUCAUGUCACCUGUUUGAACUGCACUACCACACAGAUAGUCCAUGAAUGCUUGUGAAAUGUACUCUCAUAUAAUCUGCACUGAGUAUACUAUUACUUUAAGUUGCCUUUUUUUAAAGGUUGGGAGUAGGCUGCAGUGUGACUACAGGUCGGGAGCCCUGGCGCAUGGACACUCUGAAAGGCUGGCAUUGCACACAGAAUAAAUCAGGGACAAAUACUGCUCUACAAUAACAUCCUAUAGGUAAUGCACAGAUUUUUCAGCUUGGAGUUCUUUGAUCUCCUUAUAUAAACUUAUUCGUAAACCCAUGGUGCCAUACAGAACUGUACAGUACACUACAGUCAAUGUACAUAUAUCGUAGAAUUGUUGGGCUAGCACUGAUAAUGCACUGAUAACAGUAUUUUUUGCUUAACCUCACAUACCUUAUACAUAGGGAUUCAUGCCAAACCAAGGUACCUCAAAAUAAAUAAUAUAAAGUAAUGAAACAAAGAAGGACAACAGAUAUACUCAGAAGUAAGGUGUGAUGGUUUCUCAAGGCAAAACAUCUCCGGUUAUGUCUACUAGGCCUCAGUUAAUGUUAGCAAGUUACUCAUAGUCAAAUAAAUCUUCUGCUACUAGUGCACGUUCUCAUGAUACUGAGUUAGUAUCAAGAGUAUUGCAGCCUGUGAUAUGAAGGAGAGGUGCUAAGAAGAUUAAAUCUAACAAAGCCUGUAUGUCUGAGAUCUAAGGCCUCCCAAGAAACUCAUCUCAGGAUAAUGGUGAAGGGAGCCAUGGAAGUGAAGAUAGGGAAAGAAUGAGCUGCUCAAAGCAACUGCAAUUCCUGUAGGAGUAAAUGCUACUUUAAAACAUGAAUGAAUAUUUGUCAAGAAGAAGCAUAGUGACAGAAUACCCACUGGGAAUAAUAUUAGGAUGUGAAUAUGACAAAGGGCGUUUUAUUUACUCACUCAGCUGGAUAAGUGGUGGGAACAAAAAUGAAGAUGCUGAGUUCCCAAUAUCUGUUAUUCAAAGGCCUUGUUUAGGGAACGGGCCAAAUUGUUCCCCUCUAUGAAGCCCGCACCAAAGAACUCACAAGCAGAAGAACUUAAAACCUGUCACGUAAGGCUGUUCGUUUUAAGGGAGUUUUUCCUUUAAUACAAAGGCACAAUGUCUUUCUACAAAUGCACUUUUAUAAUUACUUAAUGUAUUUUCCUUAAAUUUUUUAGAUCAAGCAGCUAUAAUUUAUAGUCAACAAGCGAUACAUAUUUUUCCACAAUUUAGGGAGGAGAAUGGGACAGUCAAACUCAAACUGAGUUCAGCUGAAGUCAUAGGGUGAUAAAUAUCACAAUAUAUGGGACUCUCAGUAUGGGAAUAAAAUGUUUCUCCCCAAGACAACUGAAUAUAUCAGUAAUUACAUUUCUAACAGAUAUUUCUAAAUAUUUUUUAUAUUCUUUUAAUCAGAUUUAGGCGACUAUUUAAUUCAGUUUUCCAUAUUGGCCUCUUCCUUGCAUUUUGACAGCUGAUAUUCAGUGACUGCUCAUCAUGGGAAAUCCAAUCUGGACCUCUUUACGUGGAUAAUAUAUCCCUUUUGAAGAAAAACUACCAAAAGGCCCUUUAACAUGUCUACAAAGUUUUUAUUAACUUACGUCUCCCCAUUUUUCCUAGCGCUACUGUUCCCUCCAUGAGAACACGUAUGUGCUCUGUGCACCAGUGCUGUGCUUUGGUGGUUCAAUAUAGUUACAUUGUGUGGAUAAAAAUCACCAACUACAUCAAGGCUACAACACAUAUACGUCCUUGACUCUCACUAUUUAAGAAUGUAAGAAUGUGGAUGACGAUGCGGAUGUUGACUGGAAGCCACACAAUGUCUCAUUGAAAGGAGUAAAUUAACAAUACACUUAGGAUUGGAAAUGUUGCCAUUCUUUAUGUACAGUAAGAGACCUUUAUAUAGCACUUGUGGUAGUCAUCCUAUAGUGUUAAAGCUGCGUGUGUCUAUCCUGUGACAGAGCUUGGGCACAUAAUAAUGUACGGUAUUUAUCAGACUUAUUGAGCAGUUGAUGUAUGAUCUUAUGCCACUAAUUUCUUCAAUCACUUAUGUUUCGUCUACUAUGUUACUACAAAGAAGCAUGGUUCAACCUUGUAUGUAAAUUUAUGUUAUUAUGAUAUUGUAUUAUUUUAUGGUUAUUUUUACACUGAAUAGCUGAAUAAUAAUUUCUAUAAUCAUUCCUUUUAUCAUACCACUAAUGUACAGUAACACUUAUUGUCUAUGUCUAAAGUAUCACAUUUAGAACAUUCAUUUGGAACAUUACAAUACCAAAACAAUCAAAUGGUAAAAUGAUAAAAACACCAACACCAAGUGUGUGGGGCCUUUUACCACCAAGAGGACCCCACAAUUAAUUUCCCUCUCCAAAUCCUACCAUAAUACCCAGGUGACCGUCACAUGCAAUAUUCUAAGUGAAAUUGAAUGAACAUACCAGGGUUCACUUUAUUAUUUGAUUUUUUUAUUUUUUUUACUAAAACCUCAUUCAGGAAUAUUAAAGUGAGUCGCAUUCUUAAAAUGGGGAUUUACCUUCCUUCACACUAUAAUUCCUUCAGCUGAAGAUAUCAUUCAUGUGUUAUAUGUAUAUAAGUAUGAUUCAUAUGCCUUAUCGACAAACAUGUUUCUUAUUCGUGUCGUUACACUGUGCCUCUACUUUCAGGUAUCAGGUCUAUUCCUGAUGUCACUAAUUCAGCUGCUGCAUCAUAUGGUUUCGGUCUGACUAUUUUGCCAAAUGUAUGCCUUAUUUACUCUACUUUUCUAUACCAUACUGUAUAAAUUAUCUCAUAUUGUUAGGGCAUAUCUAGAAUUAUAUUCUGGUUUAGAUGAUCUCAAUAUUACCUGUAAAUAACCCUUCAGGUAUUUGUGAUUUGUAAAUAAAACUAUUUAUUGUGACUACUUUUA